AUGGCCAAUAAUCGAAUACAGAAAAUUUAUCCAGACGCAUUUCAAUCCAUGCAUAAUCUUGAAGAAUUAUAUUUGCAUCAAAAUCAGCUAGAACAUAUCGAAUACACUGCAUUCAUCGGCUUAUCGAAAUUAGAUACUCUCAAUUUAUGCGGAAAUAUAAUCUCAACGAUAGAUCCUUCAGCAUUUGUAGCAUUGCAUAGCUUGAAAUCCUUAAAUUUAACUAGAAAUAAUAUUCAAGAAUUGCAAGCUAAUGCUUUUACAGGGAUGCAAAAUCUAAAUAAUCUCGAUCUAUCUCGAAAUAGAUUGACAACAUUGACUAGAUAUCAAUUUUCGCCUCUAAAAUUCUUAAGAAAAAUUAAUUUGGCCUUUAAUUCACUCAAGAAAAUACGGGAUUAUUUUGUUAGUUUACCGCAUUUAACGCACCUCUUGCUUAAAGGUAAUAAAAUUAACGAAAUUAACUCUAACACGUUUAUUGCAUUGCAACGGUUGGAAAUGAUAGACAUUAGUGGAAAUGAUAUGAAAAAUAUACAAGACGAAAUUUUCUUAAAUUUGGUUCACCUACUAGAGAUCAUGACAAAACUCAUUAGACAUUUAAUUAGAUCCAAAUUAACUCCGGAUAUUUGCUUGUUUAGUCAUUUAAACUCUUCAGAAAUUGUCUCUAUUCCAAAUAGGGCUUUGAAGCAUUUGGCAGCUUUAAAAAUACUGUAA